AUGGCGUCUCACACGCUACACAUCAAUGUCCAGGGAGUCCACGUCGUUGCCAUGGCCCACUUCGAGGAGGUUCUGGAUGCAGUGCGCCUGGCUCUGUCCUGGGCCUCUCCUGCUGAGAUCCAAGUGCUCCUGGAGGGUUUGGUGGAGGAGCAGAUCAUCUCAGAGCCCUACAGAAAAAGUCUGAGUUUUAACCGACUUAGUGAGGGGGUCGAACCUAAGUCAGCUUCCAGGGAAAUGGCACGUAAACUGGGAUGUGAUCUCGUUAAUUCUCCGGGAUCUGCCAACCAUCAGCACCUCAGUCAAGGUCAGCUCAGCCAGAUCUGCCAAGAAUCUGCCGCCACUGAUCACAACCAGACAAGGUCUCAGCAUGUAUCAACAAUGGAUGAACUUAACAACAUGCGGUCCUGGCCAGAAAAUCAUCCGCCGGUGAGGGAUGGACGCUACCCCAACCACUGGCUCUUUUCUACGCCAAUAUUAUGUGACUACCAAUGCAAUCUCGGAUUAGAAGACAAAAUGAAAGUGCUGAGAAGUGCAGAAUCAAUGCAGAAGCCAGUCAGUGAUGUUGAAAACAUAAAUAAGGGGAAUUUGGAGCAAGAGAAGGAGUGGUUAGAGCAGGUAGAGGAGGCGGCUAGAAGGAUAGCUGUUCCUCUGUGGCAGCACUGGGACAGAGGACAGAGGAUGUUGCUGCCCUUGGUUUCAUCUAUGACUGCGGGCUGUACAACAAGUGAAAACACAAUGGCAGACAGUAAGGCACAAUGCUCUGCUUUGAAUGUGGAAGAGGAAACAGAGCUCGCUAUCGCUUGCAGGACACUAGAUUUUUACACUGAGAACUUGUACUGUCCAGAGGCUGAGACGGCUGACUCAAACUUCGCACAGGAUCCAGAGGGAACCUUUGACACAUCACAAGGCCUCCAGUUCUCUACAUAUGACAGCACGGCAACGACUGGAUUAAACGUAAAUCAUUUCAGUAUCUCCGGAGCAAUGCGGGAUGCCUUACCUGUUGAAACCUGUUCAGCAACAAACACAGCCAACAUCAGAGACAUGCUGGAGGAUGAUCUCGAUGCCUGUUGUGUAGCUGACAGGGCAACAGACAGAGCAGAGGACUUGUUCUGUUUGACAGGACUUGUACAAUGUGGCUUACCAGGAUUUACAGAAGAUAUUGCACACUUAUUUUCUUCCUGCAUAGCACAAGACACUCAUUCUAAUGGACGAGAGAACCCACUUUACUCAAACAUAGAUGACAGCAUUACAUUAAGUAUUCUAGACAAUGUAGAAAAUGAUUUCAGCUCUGAUUAUGGUACAAAAAUGUGCAGCACUGAUGGCUUAACAGACAAAGAGCAGGUGGAUUCACACUGGGGAUCCAAGAUGCAAGAAGAGGCUCAUGAUCCAUGUGUGUGUGGCUUAACAGGUGCCAAGAUGCAGGAAAUGGAUCAGGACUGGUUCUGUCCUGAGCUGGGAAUUCUACCAGAUGAUUUGUCUGAAUACCUGAAUGAAGAUUACCUGUUCAUGGACACAGGAAAGCUUUUUGAUGAGCUACCAUCUGACUAUGAGGAUGAACUCAGCAACUGUCGUGACAUUCCCUUGACAACAGAGCUGCCCAGCCCAGACAGCCACCAGCAGGAGGACAAACUGAGGGUCAAAAGAAAUAAUAGGGUGAAAAGACCCAGAGUUGCCCAGUCACAACAGCGCACUGAUGACAACACACCAGUGAGGACAAAAAGACAAAGAACAGCAGGUAAACCAAAAAAUAAACAGACACAGACUGAGUCAACUGUCACUCAAGGCACUGACACAGGAACAGAGCCAAGUUCAGCAGAGAUGGUGGGCCUCCCCACUACUCCACCAAGAAUCUUUCAGUUCCAUCCCUCCAUUCAGUUUAUCACCAUCCCAGACACUCCAAGAUAUCAGGUUGUUCAGACACUGAGGCUCUCUCCUCCAGUUAUUGGACUUCCACUCCCUAAUACGGCUGCUACUCCUACUUACAUAUUAGUACCUGCUGCCUCACCACCCUGCAAACGCCAACUGCCACCCUUUUCCCCAGUGGAUGGUACAGUAGCGCCAAUCCAAAUGAGUUCAUCGCCACCAGGAUCUCUGUCAGACACUGCUAGCAAAGCCAUGUCUCCCUCUUGUACCUCGCCCCCCUCUCCCAACAAUGAGAUGUCUCCAUGUAAGGAAUCGCCUCUUCCUCAGUCUCCCACUGUCCUUGAUAUUCCACAAGUUGUAAAGGACUACAUUCAGGAAGCAAAAGCACACAUGAGUUCAGCGUGCCAGGACAUGGAGGCUGGCCUUAGCCUUACCUCCCAUUAUGUGGAUGUGAAAGUGAGUCAGAGAGAGAUUUCCCGCAAUGGAAAAGGCACAAACAGAUUUCUGGAUAAAGAGACAAUAAUCAUGGGACACACAGACUGGCAAAAAAGCUUGUUGGGACAGAGUCAGAUCUUCAAAGGCUCAAAUGGUGACAAACCCAAACACUACAUAUUGCUACUUGGCAAUGCUGGCAUGGGGAAAACCACCCUGAUCAAGAAGCUGUGUCUUGACUGGUCCAGAGACUGUAUUCCACAGUUUGACUUUGUCUUCUUAUUAGAUGGCAAAGCACUCGCUAUAACAGAGCCAAGCUUUAGCCUUCAGACCCUCCUCUUAAACCUCUCUUCCUUUGCCCCUCAUUGCUUGGACCCAGCAGCAGUGUAUGCUCAAAUUCUUGUUGCUCCUAAGCGUGUGCUCAUCAUUUUUGAUGGGUUUGAUGAGUUACGUGACUAUGAAACGCUACUCCAGACUCAAGAAAAAGACUUGAUAAAUUCAUUACAGAGAGACAGUAAAGCACAGACGUACACAGUAAGACAGUUAUACUCAGCCAUCCUUCAGAGGGUCCUCCUUCCAGGCUGCACUCUUCUGCUCUCUACCCGACCAAGAGGCACUACCAGCCAGCUGCUCCGGCGGACAGACAGCUUUUUGGAGGUGUGUGGCUUCACCCCCACAGACAUAGAGACAUACUUGUGUAAGUACUUCACUGAUCCUGUCCUCAGAGCAUCCGCUUUCGACUGCUUAAAAAACUGCACAUACCUACAUCUCCUCUGCCGGAACCCUGGACUAUGCCGAUUGGUCUGCUUGGUUUUAGAACAGUCCAAAAGUUUCGAGGUCCUACCGAAAACUUUAACUGGACUCUGUCAUCAAGUGCUUCAUCUGAAAAUGGAAAAGGACAGAAACACCACACACUCACGGGAUGAACCUCAAACUGAAGGACCCCAGACACAAAUUGCAAGUAGUUCUGAAGUGGAAAGGUGCCGCAAAAAUUCUCAGAUGAAUUCCAGAGCACAGGUUCGCCGUCAAAGAGCAAGGAGGGCAACCAAACAGGAGAAAGAGGAAGAUGAAGUGGAUGGAGGGGAGAUGACAAGUGUUGGUGGGGAAGUUGAUAGAACAGGGGAGAGAGAGUUGCUGUCUCAGCUGAGCUCUUUGGCCUGGGAGGGGGUAAAAUCAAACUCUUCUAGCCUCCCCACAGGACGGAACAUAUCUGCCAAGCUCAAGGCAUUUGGCCACCGAACAGGCCUCUUCUUCUCCUACCGCCUUAAGACAAGGCAGGUUGUCUCAAGUGCUGAAAGAAAAGGAGGAGGAAGAGAAGGCAGAGAAGAAAAUGGAACAGGAGAGAAAAGAGAAAGUGAAAACAGAGGAAGUAAAGACAUACAAAAAGCAGAUACUGGUGAUGAUCAUAUCCUGUUGUGGGCCAACCCUUUCCUUCAGAGCUACCUGGCAGGGGUCCAUUUGUCUCUGUCAAGGACUGUGUCGGACCGUAUCUUCCUCCAGAACCUUCCUUUCCAGUCAGGUUCAAAGGGACGUCGGCGCCCACAAAGGGAGGAGCUAGAGCUCACUCAGCGAUUUGCAGUUGGCCUUCUGUUCUACAACAGGACAGAGCUGCAGGGGCUUCACUCAUGCACAGAGACUGCCUUUAGAGAUAUGGUGGCCAGUAAGCAGGCUUUAGUAAGAAAACACCUUGAAGGCCUUUCAUAUGGUAACCUCAGCCCUGCCCAAGUCCUGGAAGCAUGUCACUAUGUUUAUGAGGCAAGUUCAACCCAUAGUGAUGGCAGAAGAUGCAGUGGCAGCGCACAGUUAAUUGUCCACCUGGCAGUGAAUCUUCCAGAAGUCCUGACAUUUCAUGGAGUCCAACUCAACCCAUCGGAUGUGUUUGCUGUACAAAACGUUCUAGAAAGGGGUGGAACUGAAGGCCAAAGCUUUUGUUUGGAUCUGGAGGAUUCUGGCAUACAGAUUUCUGGACUCAGAGCUCUAGUGGGGCUCAACAACAUCAACACAUACAGGGCGUGUAUUGCUGAUGUCAUCACCUUAUGGGAACAGCUGGAGCAGUGUGGUGAAGAUGGGCUCUGGCAAGGGGCAGUGUCCAAAUUCAAGAUUCACCCCCUGAAAGCCACACAGGUGUGCCACAUAGAGCACCUGGCAAAGCUGGUGAAGAUACAUACACACAAGAGGCUUUCAGACAGUUCCAGCCAUUUGGAUUUCAUCUUGGCAGAGGGAGUGCCAGCUGUCAAAGACCUGCACAAGCUGGAGUUUGAGCUUGGUCCAGAGAAUGGUCCCCUGGCUCUUCCCAAACUGUGGGAGCUCUUGCCAGGCCUACAUAACCUACAGCACUUAGAUCUUGAGAACAGUAAGUUAGGGGACAAAGGAGCAGAGAAGCUGUCUGAUGUUUUGGUCUCACUGUGUUUGCUGGAAGUACUCAAUCUGUCACAGAACUGUAUUGGAGAUGAGGGGGUAAAGAAACUGGCAACCACACUGAGAGAUCUGCCCAAACUUCACUGUUUAAGUCUUUACAGUAAUGUGAUUUCUGACGAAGGGGCAGAGAGUUUAGCAGCUGUCCUGCCACACAUGGCUUCCCUCACCGACCUGGACGUGAAGUAUAACAAGUUAACAGAUGUCGGAGCACUGAGCCUGGGAGUCAGCCUGAAAAACUGUAAAAAAAUGAAGACUUUGAGGAUGUGGAACCAGUGCAUUCCGUAUGGAGUGUUUGAGAGACUUCAGCAGCAAGACAGCCGGAUCCUGUGGCAUUAGAGCAAUAUGAAAGUGGCCUAUUCUACAGGGCUAUAAGCUUUUUAUCAUGCAUCUCAUGCAUACAUGUUUACACUACCCAUUACAAUGUAUAUUUUAAAUCUACUUCAAAAACAGUAAUGUGGAGAGAGAGAGAGAGCGAGACCACCAAUGAACAAACUAGAAAAUUCUUCUGCUGCAGUUCAACUUGCCAAAUUCUUUCAGAAGUGCCAGUCAGUGCUUGAAGAAAUCAAUACAUCCUUUAGAAGCACACAGUACUGCAUAUGUGUGUAUAGGCUGGUGUUUGGUUAUGUUUGGUACAAAUCCAAGACGCAAAUUUGCACUAUUGUUAGUUUUUACCUUUAUCUACUGACUUGCGUUUUUAUUAUUUUUUGUGACACAAACAGUAUUUUUAUUUGCACCAAAUCUAUGGCUGUAAAUUAUUGUUUGCUGAACUAUCACCUGGCACUUUAAUAUAAAUAAAAUCUUUCAUGUUGUCAUCGGG